AUGGAGUGCCCUGCCGGCGAUAAGGCCUCCAGGACGAGCAGCCCGGGACGCUUCUCCCGCUUCUUCACGUCGAUCCGCGAGCGCGUUGUAGCUCGCGUCGACACCGGCGCGUCAAACCGCAGAACGGGCGCCGUUGCAUCAACGGCCGGGGCUAUGGCUCCGCGCGCGGCCCGCCUCGGCUCUUCCGCAGUUCCCAUCAGCGCGGCUCUUACGACAAUCGCAAAAUCGCCAGCAGCCGUUGUAUACUCGGAAAGCGUGCAACACAGAUUAGAAGAGUACGUCAACCUUCUCCGAGGUCAAGAAAUCGAAAACACGGUCGUCGUCCACGUCGAUGAAGAUGCCAGAAAGGACUUUCAAAAGCUAACCUUACGCGACAAUUGGCCACUUGUUUACGUCAAGGGUGAUUGCGUCGGCGGGCUUGAAGAAGUCAACAAACUCGUCGCCAACGGCCAGCUGAAAUCUUGGUUCCAGGAGCAUCAGUAUGACCUGAUCGUGAUUGGAGGUGGUUCUGGCGGUCUGGCAGCGGCAAAGGAAGCCGCUAGGCUCGGCAAGAAAGUCGCCUGCUUCGACUAUGUGAAGCCCUCGACGCAAGAUACGACAUGGGGCCUUGGUGGAACGUGCGUGAAUGUUGGAUGUAUUCCGAAGAAGCUGAUGCAUCAGGGCGCUUUGCUUGGCGGAUCUAUUAAGGACGCCAAAAAGUUUGGCUGGAAAUUCCCGGAAGGCGAGAUCACGCACAACUGGAAGACCAUGCGCGACGCCAUCAAUGAUCACAUUGCCGGACUCAAUUGGGCCUAUCGAGUACAGCUUCGCGAGAAGAAUGUCGAAUACGUGAACAGCUACGCGACAUUCGUCGGCCCGCACGAGGUCAGCGGCAAGAACAAGAAGGGCGUCGUCACCAACUACACGGCCACACGAUUCCUCGUCGCCACCGGAUUGCGGCCAAAAUUUGAUGCGACGAUUCCGGGCUGCAAGGAGUAUUGCAUUUCAAGUGACGACAUCUUCUCGAUCAAGUAUUCGCCUGGCAAGACCCUAUGCGUUGGUGCUUCCUACAUCUCGCUGGAAUGCGCUGGAUUUUUGAAGGGAAUCGGCCUGGAAGUUUCGGUCAUGGUGCGCUCCAUCCUGCUGCGCGGCUUCGACCAACAAAUUUCCGAAAAGAUCGGAAAGCACAUGGAGGCGUACGGCAUCAAUUUCAUCAGGGGCUGCAUUCCGACCAAGAUCGAGCAGCUCGAGCCAAAGACGAAGACAGCCCCCGGCCGAUUGCUCGUGCACUGGGUGUCCAUCGACGCCGAGGGCAAGAAGACCGAGCAUUCCGAGGAGUUCAACACGGUUCUCUACGCCAUCGGCCGUGAGCCCCAGAAUGUUGAUGUGAAAACGGACGUCGUUGAUAUCGAGUUGGCGAAGAGUGGAAAGAUCGUCGCCCGGCACGAGCAGACCUCGGUUCCGUGGAUCUACGCUAUCGGCGAUAUUCUGGAGGGCAAGCCCGAGCUGACCCCGGUCGCCAUUCAAGCCGGUCGUGUCCUGGCUCGUCGCAUAUUCCAGGGAAAUUAUGAAUUGACCGAGUACGACAAGGUUCCAACGACUGUUUUCACUCCGCUCGAAUAUGGCUGUUGCGGACUGUCGGAAGAGGAUGCGAUCAAGAAAUAUGGCCAGGACAACAUCAUCGUCUACCACGGCGCAUUCAAACCCUUGGAAUACGUGAUCAACGAAGACCGGAUUGAGAACAACCACUGCUACUGCAAGCUCAUCUGCGUCCGCAAUCAAGAGGAACGCGUCGUCGGGUAUCACAUCCUGACGCCAACCGCCGGCGAGAUCACGCAGGGCUUCGCGAUCGGGUUGAAGCUCGGCGCCAAGAAACGGGACUUUGACAGGCUGAUUGGUAUCCAUCCUACGGUUGCUGAGCAAUUCACCACGCUGACGCUCGAGAAGAAGGAGGGCGAAGAAGAGCUGAAGGUGGAAGGAUGC